AUGGCUGAUUCCGAGGCAUCGCAAGCAGCGGAGGAACGUACGAGAGCCGACUCCAAGGUCGAGCGAGCUAGGAAUUCUGACCAACUAAGGCUUGCCGCCAAAGAGAGGGCAAAAGCGAGUGAAGAUGCGCUCAAGUUAGCCAAGGAGACGGUGGGCAGGAUAGUCGAAAUCGGCCGCUGUCAACAUGAUGCCAUAGAACAAAUUAGCUUCUUGAAAGUCGAAAUUGACAAUGAAAAGAACAAGGCUGUGGUAGCCUCUCAAAUGGCUGAUUCCGAGGCAUCGCAAGCAGCGGAGGAACGUACGAGAGCCGACUCCAAGGUCGAGCGAGCUAGGAAUUCUGACCAACUAAGGCUUGCCGCCAAAGAGAGGGCAAAAGCGAGUGAAGAUGCGCUCAAGUUAGCCAAGGAGGUGAUCGCCAAGGUGGAAGCCGAUUUGGAAGAAUCGAAGAAGGCAAAGGAAAUAGCCAACUCCAAGAUUUCCAAAGCGUUCCAAGUUGGGAAGGACGCCGCCCUGGACAACUAUGUGGAAGAAGUGCCCAAGUUCGAGAAUCGGGGCUUCAAACACGGCUGGCUCAAAGCCCUCACUGCUGUGAAUGUGACAUUCGCAGCCAAUUCCAUACGAGCAGGUGGACGUUGA